AUGAUGGUUGUAUUAUUGACCCUUUGUGCCACAACCUUUGGCCUAUCUUUGCUCUUCUUAUUGACCACUUAUUUACAUCGAGCCGUUGCAUUGGCUCCAUUGCACUGGAAGAAACCGUUGGCUGUUUAUUAUAUUAUCUUUAGUUUUCUGUCCAAUGUCAUUGGGAUUUGUGCAAUUGCUUAUGCAUUGAAUCUUUGUCUCAGCUACAAUAGUGUUGAUCCGCAGUUCGAAGCGAUCCGCAGCUUCAGCGAGAUUUUGUAUCUCGAAGCGUCGUUCAACGUUUUUCUAACGAAUCCAGCUCUUCUACCACUUUGUGGAAUAUUUCUACUAACAAUAAUUGUCACUAUUUUGUUGAUGUACAAGUUCUCCGUUAAUGCUUCAGCGAGUAAAAAGACACGACAAAAGCAGGAUCUUCUUUUUCGGCUUACAUUGAUUCAGCUUUUCGUCUUACUCACAUCAAUCGGUCUCCCAGCUCUUGCUCUCUUUUUCUCAGCCCUUGGCUGGUUACAUUUGCCUGAGAUUUUUCUCUUUUGUAUCUUUGCUCCAUUGACUAUGCAUUCACCUGGAUAUUGUAUCGCAAUCAUUUGCACUCCGUUUUAUCGAAAAAUUUUGCGACAAUGUAUUACGGUAACAAAGAUGCAAAAAGGC